UUAUUCCCCCGUGACAUGAAUUCCUGGCUGCGCCACAUAUUCACACACAUUCACGUCAUAAGCCCUUUGCUUGUGCUGAGUGUGACGUAUUUCCGGAAUCUGUAUGGCUCGCACUGGGCAUGCGCGCUGUGUGAUGAAGUGGUUUCCGCUCACUAUGUACCAGCUGUAAACAUGGCGGAGGAGCUAUUGGAGGCAGUGGAGAAGUUGCAGUCACGGCUUUCAGAGAGCCAGGAGCCGCGUAAGCUGUUGAAAACACUUAAGAGAUUGGGAGAGCUGCCUAUAACAGUGGACAUUCUUGUGGAAACAGGUGUUGGGAAGACUGUAAAUUCUCUGCGCAAACAUAACAUUGUUGGGGAGACAGCAAAGGAUCUUGUGGCCAAGUGGAAGAAGCUGGUACCGCAGUCUGCAGAUAGCAGACCUAGUAACACUAAAGAGGCGCGCUCCCACUCCCGGACAGACAAGGCCAGAGGUUACAAACGCACCAGAGAACCUUCACCAGAGCAGCCGCCACCUGUAGAGGAAGAGGAGGAUGAAGAAGAGUAUCAACAAGGCUACUCCCCCUCCUCCCCACAGCACUACAAUCAACAGUACAGUCACAGAAAUUUAGGGGGUUAUCAAUCAGAGGAAUAUGAGAGUCCGGUAGAUGAGCCGGUACCUAGUCCUCCACAAAAACAAACUGGACACAGCAAGGCACACAGGGAGCAAACCAGAGAACAUGGCUCUCAUUCCUCCAGGGACCAGAAGAGGCGGAAUCGCCCAGCUCAGGUUCCGAGUGAGGCACAGAAUCGCCAUGAUAACAGGGAACAGAAAGAAACCACGACACACCCAUCAUCCAAACGUAGUCAUCACUCCUCCAUACAGGAAAGUAGGAAAGAAAAGAAAAGAGUCAGUGAUGGCAGGGAAAAAAGAGAAAGGCCAGAGCCCGAACAAGAUGAUGAUGAGGAGAAUUCCUUCGAAGCUCCUACCAUGUCUUUUGAAUCCUUUCUCACAUAUGAUGAACCUACUCACAGUAAGAAAAAGAAGAAACUCUCUCGACCAUCUCAGCCUGUUACCCCUGCUGCUUCAGUAUCCUCCAAGUCCAGCAAAGCUAAUGGAACUAGCUUUAAACGACCCGAGUCGUCUACCGCAACAGUAUCCACACCAACAGUACCAGAGAAACGCAAGAAGGUUAUCCCUCAGAUAGUUGAUAUGGUGCCCACACUACCUGACAUUCCGUUGCCAGCGAUUCAGCCCAACUACAGACCCCUACCCUCAAUAGAUGUCACACCACUUUCCCCGCAGAGACGCAAAGUUCCCAUAGCAUAUGAGGAAGAGGAUGCUGGCUUUACUGGACGGCGUUUCAACUCCAAAAUGGUGGUGUACUCUGGCUCAAAGACCUCAUGCUUGCCCAAGAUGAUGACCCUGUAUGAGCAGUGCAUAAGAGUUCUGCAGAACCAUAUUGAUUCAAUUGAUGAAGUUGGUGGUGUGCCUUAUGAGAUUUUGGAACCAGUUUUGGAAAGAUGUACUCCGGAACAGUUGUACCGCAUUGAACAGUGUAACCAGUCUUUUAUAGAGGAAUCAGACGAGCUGUGGAUGCGGCACUGCCAGCGGGACUUUAAGCGUGAGUCUCCUCAGGAGUAUGAGUCUUGGAGAGAGCUGUAUCUGCGCCUACAUGAUGAACGGGAGGAACGCCUCCGCAAGCUCACGCAGAAUAUAAGCUCUGCGCAUGCCAAUAAACCCAAAGGUCGGCAAGUAAAGAUGGCUUAUGUGUAUUCUGCUGCUAAGCCCCCUCGUGACGUUCGGAGGAGGCAGGAGAAGUUUGGCACUAAAAACGGCUCUACCAGCACCAGUGUUAGUGCCGCGGCUCCCAUUCCAGUCAAAAUCAGAUCAUCAAUUCCACAUAGCUCCCACAGUCAGUCGAGUGAUGGUGGCCAGUCUUCCUACAGCAGUCCUCCUGAGCCAUCUCAUUCUCAUGCUCCAAGCAGCAGUGCUGGCCAUAGUUCUAGAGACAAACCACAGGUCAAAAAAAUUGCCCCUAUGAUGGCUAAAACUAUCAAAGCCUUUAAGAACAGGUUUUCUCGGCGGUGAAGGAAGAACAGAAAAAGCUUUUGUGUCAUGAGUAUAGAGUCCAUUCUCAUGUUAAAAAGUAAUGCUUAAAGCUGCAAUGCCCUCGCUCCUCUUUUUUCCUUUUGUAAUUCUAAUUGUGGAUAUGCAGAUCACUGGAAGACCUUUUGCCAUAGGAUGUGGUCAUGUUUCUCUCUUUCAGAAGAAUUACACACUGUACAGUACAGUACACUACAAUGGGACAUUGGAUUUUAUCUGUUUUUAUUUUGGUUAUUUAAUUACUGUUGCAAACAAAAUUAUCUGCAUUUUGCUCCUAAUAAGGACAGAACAUCCAUAACAGAGUGAUUGUAAGUGAUUGUUGUUUCAGUUUGAGUUCAUUCACAAUCAUGUGUAGGUUAAAACCAUAUGGGGAGAGUGUGAGAGGGAUUGGGUCGGUGAAGAGGAACCCACACAUCCACUCGACUAUUUAUUUUAAAUGGCUCUGGGUUCAUUAACGUGGGCAAAUGGAAUUUGAGGACGAUGAUCAAAAUAAUAAUUUUAAUGCAUUUUAAUAAAUGUUAUAUGGACAUUUUUAAUAAAAUGUACCUUCCCCCCUUA